CGCAGGCUCUUCCAAUACUGCCGACUGCCUCGAUGCAUUGGAGAUGCACGUCGGCUCACUCCAGGAUGGCGCACAAUUACAGCUCACCGCGACGCAACAGUUGCAGCAGCGGGUCUGUACCACCGCCACUACCUCGAGUACGGAGCCACGCGGAGACAACUCCAAAGUUUGACGGGCAGGAGAUCGUCUGCGACUCCAUGAAGACAGAUACGAUUCCAUGGUUCCGCAAGUUCGAGCUCACGAUGCAGCUGUCCAACGUCAAGGAACACAAGCAUCACGCCUACUUGUACUCUCGCUUAGGGGGCGCGUGCCAGGCUUGGUUGGACAACCUCCUGUCCAAGUACGGAGUAGUAGCGGCCGACUUGCACACCAAGAUCAGUUGGGAUGAUCUGAAGGCGGCGUGGCACAAGCGGUUCCAGGUGGAGCCGCCAGAGAUCAAAGCCAUGGACAAACUCAUGCUCUUCGAGCAAGGCACGCUGCCGAGUACGGACUGGAUCGCCGAGUACCAACGCUUGACGUCAGUCCCAGACAUCCAGAUGGGCUUCAAGGCCAUCCGCCAUUACUUCAUCUCAAGGUCAUGUCCGACAUUAAGCAAUGCCCUGACUCAUGUCGAGGACACCUUGACGACGACGGCGGAGUUGUUCGACAAGGCUGCGCAGAUCAUUAUCACGAACAAGGAGGCAUCUACGUCAGGCCCGAGCAGGGACCAGCAUCGGCCAAGAAUGGUCGUGGUCGCAGCGGCAGCGCCGUUAGACCAAACCAGCGAGGCUGUGUCUGCCAGUGAAGGGGACAGAUUCGCAGCCGCCCGGGAAGCACCACCAACUUCGCCGACGGAUGACGAAGUCGCGGUGGGGGACAUCCUGGCGUACGUUACCAAGGUGACCCGCGAGUUUCGCGCGCAGCGGUACGAUAACAACAAUGCACCGCUCAUGUAUGUCCGCAUUCAAGUUGGGCAAGCGUCCUGCAGCGCUUUGCUGAAUAGCGGCGCGUCUCGCAACUUCAUGAGCCAGUCUUUUAUGCAAAAGGCUGGCCUUGGCGCACAAGUUCGGAGRAAGGCAAACCCGACGGCGAUCAAGUUGGCAGAUGGAAAGACGCAGCAACUUCUCGACCGUUACAUCGAGGCCGUACCGGUCUAUUUCGCACCUCAUGCAUGCAAACCGGUGACAUUCGAUAUUCUCGACACGGACUUCGACAUCAUUCUGGGAAUGCCUUGGCUUGCAAGUGCGGAUCACACGGUCAACUUCCACCGGCGGACUCUUCGCGUUCGCGACGCCUUCGGCGCGGAAGUGGCGUGUACUAUUCCUCUACCGCACCCUUCGAUUCGGUGCCAAGUGGUGACGGCCAAAUCAUUCCGGGCGACUUGCGCUUACGAGCAGCCCGUGGAGAUCGGCCUAUGUUUCCUACGGGCCAUCGCGGUGGCCGACGCUUCACCCACGGACUUGUCUUCGGACCCCCGGGUGGUGCGGUUGCUGGAUGAGUUCGCCGACAUCUUUGAGUCACCUACCGGUGUGGUGUCGGACUGGCCGAUCUCUCACGAGAUCAUUCUUGAGGCUGGUGUCGUGCUGCCGAAAGGUUGCAUCAAUCGCAUGAGCGAGGAGGAGCUUGAGGUCCUCCGCGCACAACUCGACGAUGUGUUGGUUAAGGGCUGGAUCCGCCCGAGUAGCUCCCCAUAUGGAGCACCAGUUCUCUUCGUCAGGAAGAAGAACAAGGAUCUACGAUUGUGUAUCGACUACCGCAAGCUCAACGCGCAAACCGUCAAGAAUGCGGGGCCUCUUCCUCGCAUCGACGAUCUUCUCGAGCGGUUGGGCGGCGUGAAGUAUUUUUCCAAGUUGGAUUUGAAAUCGGGAUAUCAUCAAAUCUCGAUCCAGCCGAACAAUCGCUACAAGACUGCGUUCAAGACGCGGUACUGGCAUUUUGAGCGGGUGGUCAUGCCUUUUGGCCUUACCAACGCCCCGACGACCUUUCAGGCGACGAUGACCAAUGAAUUCCGUGCAAUGUUGGACCGGUUCGUGUUGGUCUACUUAGACGAUAUUCUCAUCUAUAGCCGGUCAUUGGAGGAUCAUCUGGGGCAUCUUCGACAAGUGUUGGAGAUGCUCCGCUGCACCAAGUACAAGGCCAACCGCGACAAGUGUGAAUUUGUCCGGCAAGAGCUGGAAUACUUGGGCCAUGUUGUCACACCGGAGGGCAUUAGUCCGCUAUCGGACAAGAUUCAGGCCGUCCAAGAGUGGCCGGAGACUCCGAACGUCACGGAUGUCCGCUCGUUCCUCGGUCUUACCGGCUACUAUCAGCGCUUCAUCAAAGGCUACUCCAAGAUCGCGGCCCACUUGAACAAGCUUCAGUGCGAGGAUCGACCGUUUGACUUCGGAGAGGAGGCGCGAGGAUCAUUCUUCGCUCUCAAAGCCGUGCUAUUGUUUGCGGAGGUCUUGCGGAUAUACAACCCGCUUGCGCCUACACGUGUCACUACGGACGCGUCAGGCUAUGGCAUUGGUGCAGUCCUCAAGCAACAUGAUGGUGUGGACUGGCACCCGUUCGACUUCUUUCCCGAUCACAUUCCCGGGAAGUCGAACCGUUUUGCGGAUGCUCUUUCACGACGUCCGGAUCAUUGUACCGCAGUCUACUUGACCUUCGAGAUCGACGACGACCUGCAGAACAGCUUCAUCUGCGGCUACCAAGCCGACCCCGAGUUUCGCGACACGUCCGCGAAUUGCUCCUCUCCUAAUCCGGCUCCUUCUCACUACCGGAUCCAAGAGGGGUACUUGCUUGUCCACACGCGGGGGAAGGACCUUCUUUGCGUACCAAGUGAUCCUCACUUGCGUACACGGCUUCUUGGCGAGUUCCACGACGCUCCCGCUACUGGACAUUUUGGAGUCAAUCGCACGAUUGGCCGACUUCGCCAGCGAUUUUGGUGGCCCAGCCUUCUCUGCGACGUCACACGCUAUUGCGAGUCAUGCGAGGUUUGCCGACGCUGUAAAUCCCGCAACCAUCGUCCGUACGGCGAGCUACGACCAUUGCCGGUCCCGUUGCGGCGAAGGGAAGCGAUUGCCAUGGACAUUACCRGCCCGUUCCCCAAGCACAAGACCGGAGUGGAUGGGAUUCUCACGGUGGUCGACCGACUCACCAAGCUCGCCAUGUUUUUGCCUUGUCGCUAUCAUGCCAAGGCACCGGAGUUGGUCGAGGUUCUUUACGCCGGUUGGAUUCGCACCAAGGGUUACCCCAAGGAGAUCGUCUGCGACCGCGACACUCGGUUCAUGUCCUACUUUUGUUGGCGCUCAUCAAGCGAUGGGGCUCAUCUCUCAAGCCCAGUUCAGCUCGCCACCCUCAGACUGAUGGCCAGACGGAGAGGGCGCAUCAGCGCAUGAGCCAGCAGGCCAAUCGCCAGCGUCUUCCUUGUCCAUUCCGCGUCGGUGACCUCGUCUGGGUUUCCGCAGCGGAAUUCA